UCAACCAUCUCUACAUCCCGAUAAUGACUGUCACAGUGUCUCGUUACGCACAUUUCUCUCAUUCCUCUCAUUCGCACCAUCAAAACAUGACUCGUUCCCCCAGUACACCAUUAUCUCUUCCCUGUUUUGCGUUCCUGCCAUAUAUCUUGACUCCUCGUGCUCCCCUCGCGCCUGCCUUCUGUGGUCGUCCGCAUCUAUCUCUUUACAAGAAUUCUUCAUCGUCCAUCGCCUCCUCUACUAAUUUUCCAGAUGGCUUUCCAUUCAACAUUCUUAGUAUCAAACAUACACUGUCCCUCCUGUGUCUCUUAUGCGACAGAUCUUCUGCGCCCCAUCUCUGGGGUGCAAGCAACACAUGUCUCCCUGAUUGACCACACAAUUCAAGUCAAACAUGACCAUGGAAAUCUACAUGAACUCAUCGCUAAGCGUUUGCUUGAUGCCGCAUUCCAGGUUCAACAUGUCACCACAGUGGAUUCAGAUGGCCACCUGGUGAAAGACUACGACAUGACUCCUGCCACCACGAUACCUUCCAUAUUUCGCUUCCGUCGUCCCAAGGCCAACAUCAACCAGAAGCAUAUCGAUAAUUGUGAUUCAUGCCGGAGGGAGAACCAGACUAUCCGGUCACGGAAGACACCUUCGUCCAUGUUAAAGUCCUUCAGCAGCAAGAACAUGUCGGCUGAAGAAUUAUCCCACGAUUAUGCUGCUGCACUAGAGAGUACCAACAAGAACAAUCCACGUUUCACCAAAGCCCAUGAAAUCUCUGACUCAGAUGAAGGCCUGUUGUUCACAGCCACGGUCUUGAUCACAGGCAUGACUUGUUCUUCCUGUACUGGGACCAUUACCAAAGAGCUGGAGAAGCUAGAUUUUGUGAAAACUGCACAAGUCAACCUCCUCUCCAACAGCGCCAGAGUGCUAUUCUGUGCUCCAGAAUCUCAUGCGACAAAGAUAGUCCAAGCCAUCGAUGACCUUGGCUACGAAGCAGUGCUCGACAAUAUCGUCCAGGAAGAGGUUAACGCUCCUCAGAGUCACGAGCUCUUCAAAACAGUGUUGAGCAUUGAUGGCAUGACGUGUGGAACUUGUGUUGGCUCUGUGACUGAUGCCCUUCAACGACUUGAUUGGGUGAGGUCAGUCAACGUGGACCUGAUAGGGAAGGCAUGCACUGUGACGUAUCAAGGUUCUCGAAAUCUUGAUGCCAUUAUUCGAACGAUUGACGACCUUGGGUAUGAAGCCACUGAGGUCACAACAGCGCCUUUAUCAAGCCAGACCUCUCCCACAACUCGACAAAGGACAGUAGCCCUUCAAAUCGACGGAAUGUUCUGCAAUCAUUGUCCACAAAAGAUCAGAGAAGCCGUUGAGCUUUGGACAGAUAGAUUGGGCGAUCCGCCAGCGAGUAUCACACGUUGGCCCACGUUGAAGGAUCCCAUCAUCACCGUCACUUAUACACCAUCUCCUCCGGAAAUCACGGUUCGCAAGUUGAUUGGCGCCAUCGAUGGGGCUCAUGAUGCUUUCAAGGCUUCAGUAUUUCAUCCCCCAUCGCUAGAAGAGCGUUCUCGACAGAUGAGAAGCCAGGAACAGAAACAAAUUCUUUGGAGAUUGAUAUUCACUGCCAUUGCCGCCGUUCCCAGCUUCAUCAUUGGGGUGGUGUUCAUGAGUCUCGUGCCAAACUCAAAUCGCACCAAGGCGUGGUUCCAGCAGCCCAUUUUUGGUGGCAGCGCCAUGCGUAUGGACUGGGCUUUGUUCAUCAUCACCACUCCUGUCAUGGUUUUUGGGACCGACAUCUUCCAUCGCCGUGCAAUCAAAGAGAUUGUGUCCAUGUGGCAGCCAAGGAGUACGGUGCCGUUAUUACGAAGAUUCUAUCGCUUCGGCAGCAUGAAUCUCUUGAUCAGUGCCGGCACAUCGGUUGCGUACUUCUCCUCUCUGGCGGUAUUGGCCAUGGAUGCUGCCACCCCGCCCAUGACAACGCAUGAGAAUCAGUCUUCCAGUUCCUAUUUUGAUACAGUGACCUUUCUGACCCUGUUCAUACUCAUUGGGAAAUAUCUGGAAGCAUACAGCAAAGCCAAGACUGGAGACGCUGUUGCUAUGCUGAGCGGCCUACGACCAACUGAAGCUCGACUGGUUAUCGGAACUAGUCCCAAAAGCUCGCAUGCCAGUCAAGUUGUAUCGAUUCCCGUUGAUCAACUAGAGAUUGGCGACAUUGUCCAGGUUCCACAUGGUGCCUCCCCUCCUACCGACGGAAUCAUUGCGCAAGAAGGGCAAUUCUUGUUUGACGAAAGUUCGCUCACCGGAGAAUCAAAACCGGCCAAGAAGAAUUCUGGUGACUUUGUGUACACGGGCUCAGUCAACGUCUCGGAACCCGUCCAGCUGCGGGUGACAGACCUUGAAGGAAGUUCAAUGCUCGAUCAGAUCGUCAAGGUGGUUCGCGAAGGUCAAGGGAAGAGAGCACCAAUCGAGCGAGUUGCCGAUGUCAUUACCGGUUAUUUUGUCCCUGUCAUAACUCUCCUCGCAAUCCUGACAUGGAUCAUUUGGCUGAGCGUCGGUGUCUCUGGAAAGUUACCCGCUGCAUGGCUUGACGUGACUCACGGAGGCUGGGCAUUCUGGUCUCUACAGUUUGCAAUUGCGGUCUUUGUGGUUGCGUGCCCGUGCGGCAUCGGACUCGCAGCGCCGACAGCAUUGUUUGUUGGUGGCGGGCUGGCGGCAAAGCAGGGGGUCCUCGUUCAAGGUGGAGGGGAGGCAUUCCAAGACGCAUCUAAGCUUGAAGUGAUUGUCUUUGACAAGACAGGCACCUUGACCCAAGGGCAAAUGCAAGUCAUUGAAUUUGAGCGUGUGCGUGACGACAUGAUUUCGAACGAUAUGGUUUUUGCAAUGUGCAAUCUUUUGGAAGAGAGCAGCAAUCAUCCAAUCGCUAAGGCCCUAGCAUCUUAUUGCGGGCAGAAUACACAAGGUACGGCCUUGACCGUCAGCAAUAUCAAGGAAAUUCCCGGCCAUGGAAUGACUGGUAUUGUUAUUGACGAGACCGAGACUUUGACUACCAGAUAUGAAGUAGUGGUUGGCAACGAGAAAUUGCUUCAAAGUCUCUCAACCUUGGAUAUGGCGAGCCACGAUCCGGAGAAUCUAGGGUCGUCCAUCGGCCAGGCCGGGUCCCCUGGGAGAAAUGAAGAUAGUUUCUAUCUGACAUCGCUGUUGCAGCGGCAUCAGUCCAUGGGCCACUCGACAGCCAUCGUCGCUGUCAGAUGUGUGACAAUCAAGGACGGGGAAACUAUUUCCGAUCAACAUUUCACCGUCGUUGGAAUCUUCGCUAUCGCCGAUCCUGUGCGCACUGAAGCGACAGACGUAUUGAAAAGGUUGAGGGAUCGAGGCUUGGAAGUCCACAUGUGCUCAGGAGAUCAACAGAGGACCGCGCUUGCGAUUGCUUCUCAGGUUGGGAUUCAAGCCCAAAAUGUUCGAGCUGGAGUCUUGCCUCAUGAGAAAGCUGCCUACAUCCAUGAAUUACAAGGCGUGGCGGACGGUGGCAAGCGGCGGGUUGUAGGAUUUGUUGGAGAUGGGACGAAUGAUACACCUGCAUUGUCAGCCGCCGACGUGUCAAUAGCCUUGUCGACAGGGUCAGACGUGGCGAUGACUACAGCGUCGUUUAUUCUUCUCAAUUCUAACCUGGAAACCAUCCUGUCUUUGGUGAGGUUGGCCAAGAGAGUGUUUCUUCGGGUCAAGCUCAACUUCGCAUGGGCAGCAAUCUACAACAUAUGCUUGAUUCCGGUGGCAGCUGGAGUCUUUUACACUGUGAGUGCAUCAGAGCAGCACGCAGGGUGGAAGUUGGGACCAGUGUGGGCGAGCGCAGCAAUGGCAUUGAGCAGUGUCAGUGUGGUGUUGAGCAGUCUUGCUCUCAGACUACCAGAAUUACAGAUUGGAUCCAAAUAGAAGAAUGACAGAGAGUAUUACUGUUGGAUAGCCAUCAAUAGGUACUUAUUGAUAUUGAUGUACAAUUAUAGCAUCAGA